AUGCCUCGGAAGUCGCGCAAGGCGAGGGGCGCGGCCGCGCACGCCCCCGUUUGUCUCACGGCCGGGCCGAGGCCUCCCCUGAAGGCCGCGGCCCCAAACCCUAGCCCCGCCGCCGAGCCACCCCAGGCCGGCGUUGCCGAGGCCGAGGGCCUUAAGGCACCUGACGCCGGGGCGUCCGCCGCCGCUGAGGCACUGGAGCGCCUCCAUGUCGCCCCUGCUUCUGACGGUGAUCCGCCAUCGCCGUCGCCGUCGCCGCCGCCUUCCGAACCCGUGCACGAGGACCCCGCGCCGCCGGUCGAGGCGUCGUUUUCUGGGAGGCCUGCGGCGGGCGGGAGUUGGGAGGAGGAGGCUGUAAGGAAGCUGCACGAGCUGGCGGAGGUUGGUGGGGAUGAGGUGGAGUUGACCGAGGAGGAGGUGCGCGCCAAUGAUCAGAGGCAGGAGGACGAGAUCUGUGCCCUCGAAGCAAUUUUUGGAGAUGCUGUAGUGAUUUUGGACAGAAAGGGAGGCCAGCGGUCUUUCCAGGUUCUUGUGCAUAUUGAGAUUCCAGAUUCUAUAGAUGUAUCAACAAAGCUCAAUUAUGGUGAUGGAACAUUAAAUUAUGGGGCAACACGUGAUGAUGAUGAUGAUCUUUUCUACAAGUUCAGAGUUGAGCAUUUGCCUCCAAUCCUGCUAACAUGUCUCCUGCCUACAUCAUACCCAAGUCACCGUCCUCCCGUUUUCACUAUAUCUACAUAUUGGCUUGAUAAAGGGAUGAUUUCGUUGUUAUGUCGCAUGCUUGAUAUGCUUUGGGAAGAGCAACAAGGGAUGGAAGUAACAUAUCAAUGGGUGCAAUGGCUCCAAAGUUCUUCCCUUUCUCACUUAGGGUUUGGUAAUGAAGUAAUUUUGAGCAAGAGUGAUGUAACAUGUGAUGCAGAUGGUGAAGAUAAGCGUGCUUGUCCAGAUAAUGCUCCACCAGAUGUUAUAAUUCCAAGGCUGAUGAGAUACAAUGAAAAUAAGCAUCGUGAAGCUUUCUUACAUGCUAUCCAUGAGUGCAUGAUUUGUUUCAGCGAGUGUCCUGGUGUUGAUUUCAUCAAACUUCCGUGUCAUCAUUUCUUUUGCUGGAAAUGCAUGCAAACAUACUGCAAAAUGAAUGUCAAGGAAGGAAAUGUAGUGAAGUUGCUAUGUCCUGAUACGAAAUGUGAAGGUGCUGUUCCUCCAAAUGUAUUGAAAAGGUUGCUUGGAGAGGACGAAUAUGAACGUUGGGAGGGAUUACUGCUUCAGAGAACUCUUGAUGCCAUGAAAGACGUUGUCUACUGUCCAAGAUGUCAAACUGCUUGCUUGGAGGACGUAGGUAAUGAAGCAGUGUGUUCAAGUUGUUUGUUCAGCUUUUGCACCCUUUGUAGAAAUCGCCGUCAUAUUGGAGAGCAAUGUAUGUCUCCAGAAGAAAGACUUAUGAUCUUGGAGAAACGCCAAGAAUCUGGGAAUGUGCAAGGAGAUCAGAUGAAAAUUCUAGAGGAACUACGCAGCCUGAAGGAAAUUAUGAAGGAUUCAAAACAGUGCCCAAAAUGCAGGAUGGCCAUAUCUAAGACAGAAGGAUGCAAUAAGAUGCAUUGCAGGAACUGUGGGGAGUACUUUUGCUAUCAAUGCAACCGUGCGAUCACUGGAUAUGAGCAUUUCAGGGGUUCUUGUGUGCUUUUCCCUCAAGAGGAACUAGACAGAUGGGAAAUGCAAAUGAAUCAAAGGGUCCGACGCCAAGUUGUUGCACAUGUGCAUGCUGAAAUGCAUGGGCAGAAUGGUCAUGCUCAUCCUUGCCCUACAUGUCGGCAACCGUCUCCAAAGUGGACUCCUGACAGCUUGGAACUGUAUUGUGAUUUCCCCCAACCAGAAUCAAACAAAUGCCUUGGCAUUACCUCUUAUGUACUUGCUUUGGUAACUUUGGCAGAUCGGAAACAACAACCACCUCUUCUGUUGGGCAUGCCAGAAGCAUUUUUGUGCCCUGUGCCAUAA